AAAACAAUGAGAUUGGCUGCUGCUUCUUUCCAGAAAGCUGUCAUGGCCAUACGACCUGCUGCUAAUAGCUUUAACCUGGCUGCCUGUUCCAGCUGCUCUUUUUCUAGGCAGACAGCUUCCAUUAGUGCCUUUGGCAGGUCCUCUACUCAGGCCCGUCAUGCCUCUACAUCCUCAAAAACAAAGACCAUGUCUCGCGAGGCUUACUCGAUUACUUCUCGCUGGUUUGUUCCUCCUCGUACUCGUCAGACUACCGAGUUUGUUGAGGUUCCCAUUCGAGAGGGAAGCGAUCCUACGCUUAAUACUUACACUGUCAACUUUGGUCCUCAGCAUCCUGCUGCUCAUGGUGUGUUGCGGCUACUUCUUGAACUUCGUGGUGAAACAAUUAUUCGUGCUGAUCCUCACGUUGGCCUUCUUCAUCGUGGAACCGAAAAACUCAUUGAAUACAAGACAUAUUUGCAAGCUUUACCAUAUUUUGAUCGACUAGACUAUGUUUCCAUGAUGUGCAAUGAGCAAGCUUACUCUCUGGCUGUUGAAAAGCUUCUCAACAUUCAUGUUCCACCUCGUGCUAAAUAUAUCCGUACACUCUUUGGUGAAAUCACCCGAAUUUUAAAUCACAUCAUGGCCGUGGCUACUCACGCUCUCGAUGUGGGUGCACUCACUCCUUUUCUAUGGCUUUUUGAAGAGCGAGAAAAGCUCAUGGAGUUUUACGAGCGAGUUUCCGGUGCUCGCAUGCACGCUGCCUAUAUUCGUCCAGGCGGUGUUUCUCUUGACCUUCCCAUUGGCCUCAUGGAAGAUAUCCACAAAUGGGCAUUGCAGUACUCUUCUCGAAUCGACGAACUUGAGGAAGCGCUUUCCAACAGUCGUAUUUGGAAAAACCGUCUUCGUGAAGUAGGUGUUGUGACAGCUCAAGAAGCUCUCGGCUUUUCUUUUUCCGGAGUCAUGCUCCGUGGAAGUGGUGUUGAAUGGGAUUUGCGCAAGGAGCAACCUUAUGACGCUUACGAUGAAGUCGACUUUGAUAUUGCAGUUGGUACCAACGGGGACUGCUACGAUCGAUACCUGUGUCGUGUAGAGGAAAUGAGACAGAGCUUGCGUAUUAUUGAUCAGUGCAUUAAGCAGAUGCCUGCCGGACCUGUCAAGGUGGAUGACAACAAGAUUGUUCCACCUUCUCGAGCUUCAAUGAAGGAAAGCAUGGAGGCUCUGAUUCAUCACUUUAAACUAUACUCGGAAGGCUACUCUGUUCCUGCUGGAGAAACCUACACUGUGAUUGAAGCACCCAAGGGUGAGUUUGGCGUGUUCCUGGUAUCUGAUGGAACCAGUCGCCCAUACAGAUGUCAUAUCCGUGCACCUGGAUUUCCACAUCUUGCUGCUGUCGAUUUUAUGAGCAAAGGUCACUUGUUAGCUGAUGCCGUUACUAUUAUUGGUACCUGUGACAUUGUGUUUGGUGAGGUGGAUCGUUGAUUUUCAAAGGUAUUUCUUCAAAGUCUGUUUUCAAAGGAAGUUGGAAAGCAAGCAACAAUCAUACGAGUCUAUUAAAUCUUACAAUCUGUUCAAUUAAAUGCGUUGGUAUUUCUUGCUGGUUUAUAAAGCUUUAUUGGGGUUUACUUUUGAGCGUUGAUCUAGGAUAGAUGCUCACUUUGGAUUGGCAUUAAUAAAGACAAUAACUG